GAGCACUUGCCUAGAAAACAGAGCGUCAAGGGCGCGGCUGUUUUCCUUGGAAAAAAGUGUUGCCCCAGGGUGAACUUGAAUUUUGAUAUAAUAUGCACUUACUUUACACCUGCUUGAUUCACAUAUGAUUCAUGUCUAUAAAGAAUAAAGAUCUGAAAAGUUUGCUUACUGUAUUAAUAUCUAUUAUUUCACCUAUUACAGCUACCGCUUCAAUCGCACCGACCCAGCUUUUGACGAGGAGUCCCAAGACAAUGUUGAGACUGUCCAAGAUGGCAUUGAGUGCUGCGGAGUUUACAAUGCAUCUGAUUGGUCGAGACUCAACCGCCAGGCAGUCAUUGACAACGGCUACGUGCCUCCAAACUGCAGUUGCAAUAUCAACACUGACGACGACUGCGUCGAGUUCCAAUUUGUGGGCACCCCCGUCGGUACCACUCGAUACGUCUGGGAAGAGGGUUGCUUGGACACAGUUGAAGCAUUUGUAAUGGGUUACUACAUCGCCGUGGGAGUCGUAUCUCUCCUCAUUAUGUUGGUUGAGAUCCUCUUUGUGGUUGUUGCCAUUGGACUUACAAUUACCAUCACCAAGAAAGGAAAUUCUGGAGUCGUUUAACUAACCCUUCCGAAGCUGUCAAGUGCAGUGAUAUAUAAUAUAUACAUGACACCCUUUUAUACUAAUUUAGCUAUAGUGAAAAAAGUGAUUAGUGAACAGUGAACAAGUAUUUGUAUAUAGGACUGCUAUAGAUGGUAGUAUGCUAUCCUGUUUUCUUAUAAAAAUGCAUUUCCCAUUGUAUAUACACCGUUGCUGAUAAUCUUUGUCAACCUGGACA